AUGCCAUUUACAUAUAGCGUUGCCGCCUCAUACAUUGGCAAGGACCGCCCUUACGACCCGGCGACACACGUGUUUCACUUCAACCCACACCACCGAAUACAACCUAACAACAACAAGCGUUUGCGCCCCGAGAGUGGACAGGAUGCCUUCUUUGUAUCCCGCGUCGGCGAUACCGGAGGCGUCGCGCUAGGCGUGGCGGAUGGAGUCGGCGGCUGGAUGGACUCAGGCGUCGACCCGGCAGACUUCUCGCAUGGCCUUUGCGGCAACAUGGCGAGCGUGGCGUAUGCGCAUCGACCGUCCGCGCCGCCUGCCGGAGCCCAAGAUCAGCAAUUGCCGUCCGCACCGGCUGCAUCUCCUCCGCUGACGGCCCGCCGCCUUCUUCAGCUUGGCUACGACGCCGUGUGUGCGGACCGAUCCAUCCCGGCCGGCGGUUCCACGGCUGUGGUGGCCCUCCUCCAGCCCGAGGGCACUCUUGAGGUGGCCAACUUGGGCGACUCCGGGUUCGUGCAGCUGCGCGCCAAUGCCGUCCACGCCGCCUCGACGCCCCAGAUCCACGCGUUCAACACGCCCUUCCAGCUCUCCGUAAUCCCGCCGGGCAUCAUGGCGCGCAUGGCCAUGUUUGGCGGUGCCCAGCUCAGCGACAUGCCUCGCGACGCAGAGGUGACCCGUCACGGCCUGCGUCACGGCGACGUGCUCGUGUUUGCGUCAGACGGCGUCUGGGAUAACCUCUUCAACCAGGAUAUCCUCCGGGUCGUCUGCUCCAGCAUGGCGGCCGUUGGCGCCUGGGAGGCCACCGACAGUGGAACCAAAGUGGCAGCAGACUUGACCCCCUUCACGCGGCCAGACGUAGUUGCUGCGGACCAAGGGGCCAAGGCCAAGCCGGUUGUCACGCUGCAGAGCCUCAUCGCCACCGAGAUCACCGCUGCUGCCAAGGCUGCAAGCGUGAACAGGAAGCUUGACGGGCCGUUUGCCAAGGAAGUCAAGAAAUAUUUCCCACGUGACAAUUGGAGGGGAGGCAAGGUGGACGAUAUCUGCGUUGUCGUUGCUAUUGUCUCUGAGGGAUCGGCGGCGGCGUCGGAGCCCAAGCUGAAGAGCCGGCUUUAA